UUUGCCAUGCGUCAGGGGCGGGAGCGUGCGCUCAUUGUCGCUGCUCGGAUUAAGCCCUGCGCCGGAGGCUUUGCAUGCUUUCUUUGCGGAGGAGAGAAGAGGAGAAGGCAGUCGAGUGCGUGCUUCGAUCCUCGGGAGAUGAUUCCGGGGGCUGGACAGCGGGAGCGUGUUCUUCUCCUUCGGCCAAGGGUUGUGUGAGAGAGCAGAAGCUUGUGCGGAGCAUCUCUGCUGCCGCUCACUGCCUUUCUGGACAGACGGCUGUGGAAAGGGAGAAGCCCAAAUACUUGGGAUGGGAGAAGGGGGAUCAUUAAUUUGCAUCAAAGUUCUGGUUCUGUUAUUGGGGGUCGCCAUUUAAAUGGAUAGGCAGAGGAGUUUUCAGCACACGCCUUCAAAAGGAAACGGAUCGGUUCUGCGCAUCUGAACACACAGUGCCAUUUUAUAUUGGGUCAUGGUCGUGGGCACUUGAAACCCAGUACUCUUGCAGUUAUCUAGGUCGAUAGACCGGAAGCAGGAGAAGAGCAGGAUUCUUUCAUUGCUUUCUUUGUGUGCCCGAGUUACUCAACAGACAUGAGUGACUCUACAAAUCUUUGAAAAUCAGAACACUGGUGCGUACAUUCCACAAACCAUUUCUAUUGGCUUUCUUUUGCUUUUGUUUCACCAAAAUCAAUAGGCCUAACCAGUUCAAGAAAAAAAGCAUGGGCUUGAGUGAUUUAUGGAUCAUACCUAAAAAAUGGCUGGCUUUAAAAUAUUUCAAGUUUUGCUCUCUUUGCUGUUUGCCCUUAGAUACCAUUGCUAAAGCUGAAGGAUAAUACCAAAUGGCAGAAGCAGUUUUCCAUCCACCAAGAAGGAAGAGAAGAGUGUAUGAAUCGUACGAUUCUCCUUUCCCUAUUUCUUCUUCCAAGGAAGGCAUUCAUGGAAAAGUUUACAAAAUAUGUCAGGCUGAAAUUAUAAAUAAUAAUGUAAUUGUGAAGAAUCCUGAAGAUAUCAAAGAGCUAUAUAGCAAGGGAUUUUUUGGGAAAGGUAUUCUUUCAAGAAGUCACCCAGAAUACAGUAUUUCAGAUCCUGUGUUGUUUGCCAAGUGGCAAGGUGCCAGGUUAAACAUGCCUAUCAUCUCAUCGAAAAAAUACCAGUGUCAUGUUGAAUGGGCUAAAAGCCUUAUGCAGGAGCAAGGACUGGAUGACUACACAAUUAAUAAAGUCAUUCUAAAUUAUACUAAGCCGCUUCUUCUGAGAGGAGAUACUGAACAAAAUAAUGAGCCUCAGGGUGAAGACCUUCCAGAAGUGAAGAAUGUUGAAGAGGAUCCAAAGCUUGCAGUGUCGUCUUCUGAAACAAAUGGGGGUCAAGUCACCUGCCUGGAUCCACUCGGUUCACCUUCCGAUCCACUCAGUUACUGUGACUCUAAAAAAUCAGAUAUAACUGACUCUAAAGCUGCAGCUAAAACCCUCUUGACAGAGCAGCAUCCAAUCAGCGUGCAUCACGGUUUCAAGGAAGACUGUUAUGUUACACAAGAAUCUCACCUUUUGAUUGAUAAGGAAUAUGAUCAUGAGUAUGUAUUAAUCCAGGAAGAAGAAUCAGAAUCAGAUUUGUGCCUCGAAGAAGCAGCGGCAAGUGAGAAAUCACAUCUAAUAAAAAUGGAAAAGCUAGUAUGCAGAAGAAACCCAUUUAGGAUUUUUGAGUAUUUGCAGCUCAGUCUAGAGGAGGCUUUUUUCUUGGUCUAUGCUCUGGGAUGUUUAAGCAUUUAUUGCAAUGAGGUACCUUUAUCCAUCCUGAAGCUUUGGGAAGUUUUUAGUGACACACAGCCCAGUUUCAAGGCCACGUACAUGGCGUAUCACUACUUCCGUGCUAAAGGAUGGGUCCCUAAAGUUGGACUGAAGUAUGGAACAGAUCUCUUGUUGUAUCGAAAAGGCCCUCCUUUUUACCAUGCCAGUUAUUCUGUGAUUGCUGAAUUUGUGAAUGAUGACUUUGAAGGAUCAUUGUGCAGACCGUUCAGCUGGAAGUCUCUGUCUGGGUUGAACAGAACUACAGCAAAUGUGUCUAAGGAACUCAUGUUCUGCUAUUUGAUUAAGCCAUCUGAUAUGACUGAAAAGGAAAUGUCAUCACCAGAAUGUCUCAAAAGGAUUAAAGUUCAGGUACUGGUUCUGAAUCGUUGGGUCUCAUCCUGUGAGCGGAAUGAACAAGAGGAGCUAUGAUAAAAUGGUCCAGAAAAUUGAAUUAUGCUGAAAUAAUUAAAAUAAACGGUCAUGAACUGUC